CCAUAACUUUAGCAGCUGAAUUUAAGAGUGGGAGAAAUGAAUUAGAAGAAGCAGAAAAACCAAAAAAAAAAUCCUCCCCUUUCACGGGAGGAGGAAGAAGAAGAGAAGGGGAGAGUGGAAGAGAAGACGUAGAAAAUUUCUGCGCUCCCCUUCUCUCUCCAAAUUUUGUCAUCAUUUUCUUUUAAACAGAUCCAUGGGAACCGAGGUCCUUCGCCCCCAGGACUGCCUCAACCGCCCCACUCCGACCCUCUUCCCCCACCGGAAACCCCAUCCCCGCCCCUUCUCAAAGCCGGCACCGAAACGGCGAGAGGGCUCUCCGAAGCCGGCAAAGACCGCCGGCGGUGAGGCAAAGAAGAAAGGUGGGUCUGUAGAGGGCUUCGCGGCGGUCGCUGGAAGGUUGGAUCCGGCGGUGUUCGGGACGGGGAGGUUGGGACCGGACCCGGACAUGAUCCCCAAGGAGCUUCGGCUGAGGCUGGCCGACAUGUACGCCAGGGCGGGGUUCGCGAUCUCGCCAUCGCCAACGUCGCUGCCGCUUCCUAGCUUUUCUAGAAGGUCCUUGUCGUCGCCGUCGAUUGUCACCGUCGACGACUCUGCCACAAGAGAUCUCAGGCGGCUGCUCCGACUAGAAUGAUACAUACGUAAUGCAUGAUUGGUGGGUGGAAAUUCAUGUAAAAGAAAGAAAAGGGGAGGAAAUUUACAGCAGGUGUCAGAUCGAGAAUUUUCGUGAGAUUUAUUUUUUAGAUAAAUGGGAAAAAAUCGUCU